AUGGCCGACGACGACAUGCUCGACUCGCCGAUCAGCCAGACCUUCUCGGCUCGGUUCGACCAGCUUGCCAUCGAGGAAGAGAGCCAGCUCUUCGCCCGAAAUGCAAAGACGAGUCGCAGGGAGUCGAGGCUCGGGCUCAGGGGCAUCUUUGGUCGCUCCAAGAUGCCCAAGGAAAACGAUUCGCUUCCCCAUACCAUUCAUGGGCCGCGGACUCCCGCGGCGCGAAUGUCGCUUGCCGGCUUGAGCCAUUGGCCCCGUGCUCACAAGUCCGAAGGCGCCCUCUUAUCGGCGCCGUCGUGGCAGCAGCUACCAGCCACACCCGAGACGCCUCAAGAGGACCUGAGCGUCCACGACGACGCCGUGAGCGCCAGGAAACGCAGGAUACGCCCCAGGACUCCCAAGCAGCCCCGAGACGCGCCCGCUCACUGGUCGAUGCCCCCUCUGUUCAAGGCCUUCCCGCAGGCCGUACGUCACGUCACCCUGCCCGCCACCAGCCUGUCGGCUGAUGCGAUCUUGCGGUUCAGCGAAAAGAAGGCCGGCGUCAGCUCGCCACAGGAUCCGACGGCUCCCGUUCAGGACGCAGAGCAGGACACCCAAGAGGCCGACAAGGACAAGAAGAAACCUCGCCGCAAUGCCUCCGUGUCGGCUGAGAAUCUGGAGUGGACAACAAAAAUAUACAUACUCGUCACAUCGGGCUACCUGUUACAGUACGCAGGCGACGGCCACUUCGACCGACUGCCGGAGAAGGUCCUUCGCCUGGGCCCGUCGUCAGCGGCUUUCGCUACCGACGCCAUCCCCGGCCGGCAUUGGGUCGUCCACGUUUCGUCGACUGCUCAGGCUGAUGGCACGCCGACUCCCGACUCCCGAUCUCUCUUCUCGAAGCUGCCGUUCCGGGUAGACAAGCGCAGCACGUCCAAUCUGCUCAUGGUCUUCGAAGGCGCCGAUGUCAUGGAAGCCUGGAUUUCGACACUGCGCGGCGAAAUUGAGAAACUGGGCGGCAAGAAGAACCUGUCAGAAACCGGCAAGCCCAAGACGACGGAGGCGACGCAGCACCUCAGGGAGCAGCCGAGCCAACGCACUCUGGUUGUGAGGGAUCUUUCUCGUUUCGGCUCGAAUCGAUUAAGCCGGGCAGUUCACGACGCGGACCGACUUACCCGUGGCGGUGAGACUUCUCCGCGCCUCACAAACCCUGACAUGGGCCGAGAUCAGUCCAUCGACGAUGUCUCCACCACCAACAGCACCGUCUCGCAAGACGAGAGACAGCUCGACAGCCUGCGCGAAAGUUCUCAACGGCUUUCGUACAUCUCGUCCGGACAGCGGACCAUUGUCACCUCGGCCGGUUCCUCCCCUGAACCGUCACCGAUCCGUGACAGCUUCCAAUCGCACGCCGAGGACCGCCCGAUGCAUCCCAUUGACCAAUGCGAGGCUGUGGCGAGGCUGAGGCCGAACGCAUCCGACAUUUCCAUUCGCCGACAGUCGAUGCAAGUCGCGAACCCCUUCGUCGCCCCGAACCUUGUGCUCCACGGCAGUAUCAGGUGCCCACCCGGCAGCAACGCCCCAGUAUCCUGCGGUGAUGGACUGACCUCGCCUGUUGGGGCGCGACCAACGCCAAACUUCAGCGUUCCUCAUUCCUCCAACCGCCGCUUCUCUUAUGCUAGGACCUACCUGACAGAAGCAGAUGAUUCGCCGCGUGAGACACCCGGGCUGACGCAUUUUCGAUCUGCCCGCGCCAGACCACCCACGGCGUUGCGUGAGUCGCGGCCGCUGUCGAUGGUCAUGGAUCAGCCCUCGCCACGAGAGGCUCCCCCGGAGAGGCCAACAACGAGCCAGCGCCCCAAUCAAGUGACGUCGCCUGUCAAGAGAUCGAGCCAGCAGCGCUUGAGAUCCAUGUCACGGGGCAAAGAAGGCCCGUACCUGGAAUCCGUGCCGCGACGACGAUCCAGCAUCGUCCACGACAUGGGUGAAGAGGGACGAGGCUAUGCGGCAGAGAGCCAUCGGCGGAUCUCAGAGGUCGGCGUCAGGCGAACGGAUGAUGCCAGCGUUCCAAGAACGUCAAAGGUGCUGCCCUUAUCGAGAUAUCACGAAUCGUUUGCGCGGCCUCUGUCGCCGCCCCAGGUCACACCGGAGGACGACGCCAGGAAGUACCGCUCUUCUUUCCUAGACGUCGGCGGAACACGAAGUCGAUCAGUGGAACCAUCUCGCGCGGCAAAGCGCACGAGCUUGAACUCGAUCAUGUCGGACCGAUCAUACGAGUACCACCAGUCCUUGAUGGCCGAACCGCCUCAAGCUCCGCCCCCACGAGGGCCUCUACCGCCAGUGCCCUCUCAGACGGAUGACGAGAGCAUGGCAAACAGUUCGAAAGCCAAGUCUUCGGCGUUCAACCGGAGGCGAAGUUUACCACAGCUAGCGGGCGGCCCUCCGCCGGCACCACCCCCUACACGGGCGCUCCCGCCCAUUCCACAAAAGGUCCAGGUGAGGACCUGA